UAGAAGAUAUUGCGCUUGCGCAAGUACUGUGCUACUUCUAUUAUAAAAACCCCUCAAAAUCAGGAGAAGUUUAAGGAAUUUGUAGAUCUCCGAUUCUUCUGUAUUCGUUCAUUCUAAAAGCUUUCGAUUUUACGCUCUUCGCUAAUUUUUCUGAAACAUGGAUGAGGAGAUGAAUGCUGUUGCGGAGAUGAAUGCUGUUGCUUCUAAAGUAAAAGAAGAGUAUCGCCGAGCUCCGAAGUUGAACCAAAGGAUCAUUUCGUCAAUGUCAAGGAGAUCUGUUGCGGCCCAUCCUUGGCAUGAUCUCGAGAUUGGACCUAAUGCCCCUGAAAUCUGUAACUGUGUUGUUGAGAUACCUAAAGGGAGCAAGGUCAAGUAUGAGCUUGACAAGAAAACUGGACUUAUUAUGGUUGAUCGAAUAUUAUACUCAUCUGUGGUCUAUCCUCACAACUAUGGUUUUAUUCCAAGAACAUUGUGCGAAGAUGGUGACCCCAUGGAUGUUUUAGUGCUCAUGCAGGAACCAGUCGUCCCAGGUUGCUUUCUUCGAGCCCGGGCAAUUGGUUUAAUGCCUAUGAUUGAUCAGGGGGAGAAAGACGAUAAGAUAAUUGCAGUUUGUGCCGAUGAUCCUGAAGUUCGCCAUUACACUGAUAUCAACCAGCUUCCUCCUCAUCGUUUGGCUGAGAUCAGACGCUUUUUUGAGGACUACAAGAAAAAUGAGAACAAAGAGGUUGCAGUGAAUGAAUUUUUGCCAGCUCAAAUUGCUCAUGAUGCCAUCCAGCACUCUAUGGAUCUCUAUGCGGAAUACAUCCUACAGACAUUGAGGAGAUGAUGAAUGGCACUUUCAAUUAUUGUCAUUCAUAUCCUGAAGUAAUAUUGAAGGCUUUUGGUCACAUUGUUACAUCUUAUUUUUGGUGCUACCUAUUUAAGAGUCGAUGUUGGAAAUCCCAAAAGAAAGAAAAGGAGAUUUUCCCUGUUCCUUUUCUGAAUCUUCUUGUCGAAAAUUUUAUGUAUUGUAGUAAAGCUAAAACAAUCUUCAUGAACUUUGAAGUUGAGUUUCCUGUAUCAUGUUUGGUUUAGGAGGCUAUUGUAAUUGUCAUUCAUUCGACUGUCAAUUGUCCUUUUCUUUUAUCUAUAAAAUAUACAUUAUUUUUGUUAUAA